AUGCCCAUGAUAAUUUUGCCUGAUCUGUCACUAGACUCGCGUCCUGUUUCUAACGAACAUUUGUAUAAAAAGCAGUCAUUUGUACAUGUUUCUGAACAAUCUUUGGAAAGUAAUAGCGAAUCAUGUUCAGCUUUACAAGAAGACGAAUAUCUAAACGUAUUACGUGCAAGCAGCCAACAAAACAUUUUCUCCGGCAAUAUACCAAAACACGAUGCCAAUAAAGAUACUAGUCGGAAACGCAAGAAUGAAGUACUCCGCAAUGACUAA